CCCCUCCUUCAGCAAUCGCAUGAUCCUGGGUGACUACGCACCUUAUGGCCUUGAUGACCACCGAAUCUUGCCCCGCAAGUAUCUCUCUUAUCUGAAUACAAUGAAGUCUCCCGAGUCUCGCACCACUGCCGCUGCUACUGCUGACUUCUGACGGGAGUCAAUCUUGCCUCCGCAUACAAAUGGACUCACAUCCUUCCCCCACCAAGCAGAAAGCCCCCAAACAAGCCUGCGAUAACUGUCGCCGGCGGAAGAUAAAAUGUUCCCGAGAGCUUCCCUGCGACAAAUGUCGGCGCCUUCUUCUCUCCUGUUCCUACAGCGAUGUGCUCCGGCGCAAAGGUCCCAAGUUCCGCACGCUAUAUCCACUUGCGCCUAUCCAUCCGCUGGUAUCGCGACAACAAAACCAAUACUACCAGAAUCCGUCUCAAAAUCCCCUCAAUAAACAAUGGCCCGCAGAUGGGGUGAGCUAUCCGUUGGGUUCUCCGACAUCGCCCCCUUUCACAGUGGCAGAUGCUCAAUAUUUACCCCAAGACGUUCCCGAGGCCUUUGCCCAGCUUCCCUCGCCAGAGCUAGUCUCGUCUCCGGAUUCGACCAACUCAUUAUCAGAUUCUAGCACGGCAUUAGUGCGACCAUAUGCACGACGCCUGUCCCCGCCGGUGCUUCUAGCUCAUGUGAACGUAUACUUAAAGUAUCUGUUCCCUAUUAUGCCAGUAGUGCGGCAAGAAGAGCUUCAACAAGACUGCCAUCAACCCGAACGAUUAUCACCCCAACGGUAUGCGUUCUUGGUGGCUCUGUGCGCAGCCACGCACAUUCAGCUCAAGCUAGAUGGCACAGCGUCUGUUCCUGAUCCUUCACACCUUCAAGCGGGGAUCGACGGGCAUUCCUGGAUGUCCGGGGAGGACUUGCUGGCUGAAGCGGUACGCGCAAGGAAAGAUUGCGACCCGGUAGAUGGAAUGAACAUAGAGAGCCUCCUUACAUCAUUCUUCCUGUUCGCUUCGUAUGGUAACCUGGACAAACAGGACCAUGCAUGGUUCUAUCUCUGUCAAGCUACCUCCAUGGUCUUUACACUGGCCCUUCACCGGGAAUCUAGUUAUGCGGAACUGAGUGUUGAAGAGGCAGAGGAACGACGAAGAGUUUUCUGGUUACUGUUCGUCACUGAAAGGGGCUAUGCACUGCAACAAGCGAAGCCGGUCAUGCUGCGCAACUCUAUCCGGAAGCCCCAAGUCCUCUGCUCGGAGGACCCUAUUCUAGCAUACGGAUUCAUCAACCUCAUCAGCAUCUUCGAGAAACUGACUGUCAACCUGUACGACUGGGUCUCUGCAGGAGGCAUGGAUGGUUCACCUGAAAUGCCACCUACGGCUGCUAUCCAGUCCAGUCUCUGUAAUGCGAUUUCGGUGGAUGGAGUUUCUGAAAUCCAAAAGGUCGACAUCCUCAUCACCCAGCAAUGGCUACAGACAGUAAUGUGGAAACUCUCCAUGACUCGCGCCACUCAGCCGGGGUCUCGCGAUGAGGCGGUCCUUCCCUUUCAUCUGCCCGUGUUGGUCGGCAAAGCCGUUAUGAAUGUCAUUGGUGCUGCAUCUCAGGGAGCCGUUGAUGCUCACGGCAUUGGAAUGGAACAGAAGUUGUUUGAUCUAGGCUCGUCAGUGGCGGACGUCUCCCGCUCGCUUAAUUCCAAAGCCGCGCACCGUCUUACGGAGGUAGCCAUUGACCCCCGCGAACUUCUAUGGGGAAUUCUUAGCACGCUAUCCCGCAUCCGCGGUUCUCAGUCUUACCUCUUUCCCAUAUUGCUAGAACGGUGUAAAGGCGCCCUAGAUUUCACCAGUCCCACGUCAAUGAGCAACUUCCUCCCGCUGCCACCCUCUACUGCGUCCUGGGGAGGCGAAAGCGGACUGCCCGUGGCUUCCGUGCCGGAGAAUCAGGAUCUUCAUGAAUCGGAGACGGAGGUGGGAGAGCCCCUGUCGCAACUUCUACCACCUACACAGGUACAAUUCCCGGACGGUAGUCUCUUGAACUAGGGGUGAUGUGAGACGAUGAUGCUGGCAUGA